CUUAUAUACCUUUUUUUUUUGGAGAAAAGUCAUAUACCUUUAUUGGCAAGUCUUUUUGUAAAUUUAUUUAUACUUUAAAAUUCUGAUAAAAAUUCCCAAAUCCCAAUUGAUCCUCAACCAGCACGUCUGAAGUUGCUGCAAGAUUUCAUCUGAAGAUCGAGAAAGUUGUAAACAUGCCUAAGAAGAUGGGUGUGAACAGUAAGGCCGAGGCAUCUAGGGCCCGGAAGACCGCGGUCGAAUCUGAACGGAAGGAUCGUGAGGAACGGGAGAAGGAAGAUCAAUAUUGGCGCGAAGCCGAGGGAUCAAAGUCUCGCGCUGCUAAGAAACGUGAGGAAGAAGCGGAGAAACGAGCGGAGGCUGCUGCUAAGAAGGCGGAGGCGCGUCGUCUGGCUGAAUUGGAGGAGCAGGAAUUGGCCAAGUCACUGAAGAAGCCGGACAAGAAAGUUGAUAGAGUAUCUGUCCCGGUACCGAAGGUGACCGAAGCUGAACUCCGGAGACGAAGGGAAGAGGAGCAGGCGGCGAUUCAACUUAGGGCCGAGGAGGAGAAGCGGAGGCAGGGCCGUGUUGCGGAGGAGGAGGAGUAUGAAAGGAUGGUCCUCGUUACGAAUACAAAUCGUGAUGAUUCCAUCAUUGAGGCUAGGUCAGUGGAUGAAGCGCUUGCUCGCAUGACUGUCGCUGAAAAUUUGCCUGUUGAUAAACAUCCAGAGAAGAGACUUAAGGCUUCUUUCAAGGCCUUUGAGGAAUAUGAGCUUCCUAGACUGAAAGAAGAGAAACCUGGGCUUACUCACACACAGUACAAAGACAUGCUUUGGAAGCUUUGGAAGAAAUCUCCAGAUAAUCCUCUUAACCAGAUUGCAGAUAAACAAUGAGUGCAUCCAUCUAUUUCAUUGAAGGUUUGAAUGCAUUCCUGUUGGUGAAUUAUUGUGAAGUGAUGUCAUGAUUACUUGAUUAGUUUUUGUACUUCACAACAAGCCAAUCCUCUAUGACAGUUCAGCUCCAUGAAUCAUGGAGACAUGGAGUAUACUAUUCUUACAUGAAUAUGAAUCGCUGGUAAUCCUCUUCGAUCCCUAGUGGAGUAGGGAGCCUGCAUCGUGCUGCCUUUGUUUAUUUUUCUUUUCGAACUGUUCAAAACUUGUAAGCUCUACUUGAACAAUAUGUGAUGGAGGAAAAUUCCACUACAAGUACAAGAUACUACUACCUAGUACCUACCUGGCUACCUUCAUGACUCAACCCCUUUGAAGAUAUUGCACAUUUUUUUGUUUUGGCAAAUGAGGAAACUUUGAUGUCAAACACCAAGGCUUGAGCAUUUCAUCCAAACAAUUCUAUUUGCCGUGUGAUAUAAAUAUGGCUGUUGAACCAUGAUGAUGUGUGUUGGAUGACGAUCCUUGGUGGUUCUUGACUUCUUGCUAGCAAUUCUUUGAGAAAUGUGGGUCGUACACGUCAUGACACAUGCAAAAAAUUACUACGUAUUAUCGGUGUGAGACACAAUUCCACUUUACAAAAUGAAAAAAGAUUACUUGUGCAUAGAAAUAUGUGUGGCGUGUAAAAUGUCGUGUACAACUAACUUGUACACAUGUCAUAGUUGUCAUUAUUAUUACUACUUC